ACGACUUAUUGCGCUUUGUUUCAGAGAUCCGCCAGUAUUACGGGCUUACAACAACACGGACAUAAUCCUCAGGCUGCCGCUGGGAAAAAGAAUAAGAGACAUCCGAUGGCUUUCUGUCUGGUGCAGGCGGUUCACGUUCUUCUACUCGUUCGCCCUCCACUCGUCCAGGGACAUAAAUAUCAGACCAGAGCCUGUGGACCCACAGUCGACGCUUGGUAUUAGGCAGAUAGAGAUCCUUGCGGAGGCCAAUGGCGAGACCUGGACGGUGGGCAUAUCAGGAUACCAAGGUGAAGAUAUUGAAAUACAACUACCAGGCCUAUUGACUGUUUACGACAUAGACUGGCUGGCAGUUUGGUGUGUUCAAUACAGGCAUAACUUUGGACACGUCCACGUUCCAAAGGACCUAGAUGUCCCGCCUGCUCUUGGCCAGACAAAGAUAUCUCCUCCUUGGUGGUACAAUCCAACAAGCAGCACCCCAAGAACAACACCCCCCACCAACUGCCGGGAAUUUUUAGAUAAACGUUUGCAAGUGAGAUGGAAACUGGAGGAAGACUAUAUUGACGUUAUACUAUCUGCAAAAAUUAGAGAAGAUCAGUACAUUGCCUUUGGUUUAUCUGGUUCUCCGGGAAAACCACAAAUGGUUGGAGGAGACGUCAUAGUCGCCUACUACGACUCCAAUGCGGGCAGCUUCCACGCAGUCGACUACUACAUGUCACACAUGGCUCAGUGCGACGGAAAGCAGGGCGUUUGCCCUGAUGAGCGCAUUGGGGGUCGAAACGACGCGACUCUAAUCUCCGGUUCGAGGGCGAACGGCAUCACGUCCAUCACGUUCAGAAGGCCUCUCAAGACGAAUGAGGCUAUCAACGAUCAGCCUAUCCCCCUGCAAGGGGAGGUUAGUGUCAUCGCAGCUUUUGGGCCCCUCAAUGCGCUUAAAGAGGCUAACGCCCAUUCCAUAACUGAUAAGACUACUGAGGAUUUCAGGAUAGAUUUCAGUAAUUACGACGAUCAUGACUGUACAGUGAAUUUGGAGGAGUUGUCGGAUGAGGAGGGGCUAAAGCCGUGGCCGCCUGCUAGGAUCAUAGGUGAAACUACCUUUAACGCCAGAAUAGGCCCAACAGGUGGGAAACGAGGAUACACUGUAAUCACAGGCCUGCCUUCUUGGGGAAUAGCCUGGUACCUAAACGAUCUCUUGAUUCCAGAAAUCACACUGGAAAGAGGUCAGACGUACACUUUCAUCGUGGAAGGGGGAGAUGACAGUAGCAACCCAGCAAGGUAUCAUCCCUUCUACAUAACAGACUCCAAAGAAGGCGGCUUUGGCCAGAAAACUAGGGAGGAGCAGAGCCAGCAGAAGGUUUUCGCUGGUGUGGACUACGACCAAGAAAGAUAUCCCUACCCUACGGCUGCUGGGAGGUACUGCGAAUGGGCUCAUAAGAGCAUCGAUAAAUCUAGCGAGUCGGAAACCUUCACAGAAUUCAUGGAAACCCUAAGGCUGGAGUGCGAUCAGGGAGAAGCGGCCUAUUUCAAUUGGACGGUGCCAAUGGACGCGCCUGAUUUACUGUAUUAUCAGUGUUACACGCACAACAAUCUCGGCUGGAAAAUACACAUCGUCGAACCUGGCUACAUAUCAGAGCACAACAGCGACCUCAAUGGGGCCACAACAAACUACCCCGUGGCAUCGGUCUUCACAGUCUGUCUCCUGUCACUACUGUUUCACGGAGAGCUUUACGAUUUCUGACGAUAGAUUCGAACGGUCAAUCGACUGUCAUAAAAUGAAUACCUAACAUUACACAACUACGGGGCUUUAUUUCGAAGAUGAAAUUUGGGAGACCGACAAAUGCAAUAUGGAUGUAAUUCCCUGUACGAGUUUCAUAUCAAUUAGAUGUUUCAAUUGACACUUUCUAUCAGGAAUAUUUUCGUGGUGGAUAUGAGUAGGCAUGGAAAACAAUUUUGUGUGGUUUUUUAGGGGUAGUGAGGUCAUCACAGAGAUAAUCAGACGGCUGAAUAAUAAUUCGGGAUAAGCUCCGUUCUGGUGUGACGGUGUUGGUUUUUUUACAGUCAGACUAAUGACUUCACUCAGAUCAGAUUCAUAUAUUCAAAAGAAGUUCGUGAUAGUAAAAAUGUUAACCGAGGAAUAUACAUUCUUCGACUUUAAAGUAAAUAUUCCAACUACAUUCAUUUCAAAAUGAAGAAAUAACAUUCUGUCAUUAAAAUAAUCAAAAAUAAUCCUGCAUCUCAGUUGACUACUGGAAAACAAAAUCAGUAGGUGUAUUUUCCGUCAACAGAAGGUAAUCGGAUAGAAAUCCUUAUCACGUCCAUAUUAGAUACUGCGGUUACGAAAGGAGUCUAUACCAAGUUUAGAAAUCUCGGCUUAUGAUAGUAUAUCAUCCUGAAUAUCCAUAAGAUAUUCACUAUUGAAUGCUUAUAGGAUGGCUUUUGGCGAUGUUCAUGAAAUAUAAUUUGCGGAUAUCUCAGGAACAUCUCAGAUGGAUAUCUUAUGAAAGUAAAAAAGUAUGGAUAACAGUCUGCCCGUCGCAAUUUAGGAACGAUGUAAAUAAUUUAUGAUAUAAUCCACAGUAACAGAAAUUUAUGUAAAAUGAAAAAAUUGAAGAGUUUUUUUCAAAGUAACGACGAAAAGAAGUUUGAUAUUUUUCAUACUUGCUCCAUUCCAAUUAUUCGUUUCCUCAAAAAUGGAUGUCACUUUGAAAAGAUCUCUUUUUAGACACCCCAAUGAAUCAAAAACAAAGUGAAUAAACUGAAAACAAAUACCUGUGGAAAGGUAUUGGAAAAGAAAUCAAUAAAAAACAGAUAAUUGCAAAUUGUCACAUUAUAUAAUUGCUACGCUCUUUACUAACAUAAUUAUCAAAGUAAAUCUGAAGAGGUAAAAAUAUAAUAUGUGAAAUUUUGGGUCCAGAAUAUGAAUUCCUGCUUUCGAGUAACGAAGUACCUACAUCAUAACUUAUUUCAUCAUUUGAAGUAUAUAGCCCGGCAAAGAACGAUUAGUCUAUUUUUGCUUAUCAAUGACAGAAUGGUCAGACGGGCCUGAAAAUUAAGAUUCUCAUGGCCAAAAGUGGUUUUCCUACCACCCAGAAUCCUGAAAAUAAUGAAACACGCGAGACACAAAGUAUACUUUCAUAAAUUUCAGGCGAAGAAUCAGUCUUCAAAAUCUAUAAAUGAUGAAUUUCAUGUCUAUUCAUACCAAAUAAGUAAACUUACUUCUCUUCAAAACACUAAACAACCUAGACCACUGAACUCCUAUCAUAAUUUCAGUGGUUCAGGAAAAUAUCUAACAAUGUUUAGAGAUAAAUUCUUUGAAUCUAUUAGAAUAAGUAUAUAAUAUAUUUAAGAUAAUUCUGUAUGUCAUACGUACAGUAACAGAGUGAAUGAUGGCUAUAUUCGAAUGAAUCAAGAAAUCAUUAGUCAAACAUAUCAAAUUCAUAAAACUAUUUAUUCUGUUGUGAAAUAUUUGAUGCUGAGCUCACUCCCCUAGAUACACCAACAAGCAGUUAUCUGGGAUUACAGUUGUGAAAGUAAAAUACUGGAUGCUUAUACGAAAGUGGUAAAAAAGAGUCCUUGAAAGUUUUUGAGAAAAAGACCUUUACAAUUUGCGAAAGAAAGAGAGGAAAUCAAUAUUAUUUGUUAGGUUUUUGAGAAAAUGAUUCAUUUAUCAGGAAGUAACACCCAAAUUUUUCCAUUCUAAAGGAAAAUCCAAGUAUCAAAAAUGACUGUGACGUCACUACUAUUGAAACUUAACAUCCUUUCAAACUACGUUCAAAAUGUAUAAGAAACAAAUACCAUAAAAAAAGAAUAAAAAUAAAAAAAACAUUUGACAAUAUCGCACGUACAGUCAGAACAAGAAUACAGGAAGAAGAAGAAAAUUGAAAUAUGCGAUAUGAAAAAGUUUCACAGAGUUGCCAAGUUCAUGUCAAAUGUUAGUGACGUCAUGACCACCAUUUUUACUUGAUUGCGUAAAAACUACCGACAAAAAAUUGUAAAAUAUUCAAAACGAGGUAGUUUUCACGUAUGGGGGGAAGGUCCAUUUAUAUUAGGCUCUUGAAAUUUCCAGUGAAAACUAUGCAAUUUGAAUUUCAGGAGGUGAAAGGUAAUAACAUUUUUGAAAAUAAUCUCAUCUCUUCCUUGUAGACAUCCAGUAUUAUACCACUUAUAUUUAUGCGGUGAGUAUAUGUGAGGAUAACGUGGGGAAAAUGGGAUUUAUUUUGUAAUGCGACAAUAAUAUAUCAAUAAUUAGUUAAAAUGAUUAUGACGUGUAUUUUAUACAAUUUAUUCUAGAAUAAGAUGUUCAGUCGACAAUAAAUUAACCAUCUGUGAACUAUUUUUGGUGUAUUUUUUUGCAAAACUGGACAUCCCAAUUUUUACCCUCUGAGAGGAACUUAAAUAGUAUUUAUAAACCAAACAAAAAUAGUUCAUAGUUGACGUCGGAUAAAACUUAUUAGUUGUUAAAGGUUUGCGGGUGUAUGAUGAAGUUUCAAAUGGUUUUCAAUUGAAUUAGAAAUAGACCAACAGAUUUUCAUGAAGUAAAGUGGUUUGUCAUGAAAAAGUUUCUCCUCAUUUUAAUUGCCAUUAAUUUUUAUUGAGAGUAUAAGAGUGUAACGCCAGGAAUCAUAUUGAUCUACUCGUAUAUACGUAUAUAUUGAUUAUUUCAUAAAUUAAUAGACACGGGGGUACAUCAUGAUAGAAGAAAUCUAGCUGGAACAAAUCAAAUAUAACGAUUAAUAGAAUAUUCCAUUGAAAAAUGGAUUUUGGAUGGAAUUUUCUUGCUUGGUGUUUUUCAUAUGAAGAUUCACAAAGUGAGACACCCUGUAAACAGAGGUAAUAAUGAAAUCUACAAUCAAAGAGAUAAACAACUUUUUAAUCAGGUAUAAUUUAUUCAAAAUUCACUUAGAACACACAAAAAAAUAAACAAAUAGGACUUCUGUAAGGUAAAAAGUUAUAUAACUAACCUAUAUAAGAUUACUGAAAGGAUAAAUUUACGGGAACAAAGAUGGUCCAAAUAAACUGUUUAUUCACCGUGAAGCUAUUACUAAUAGCAGACAGAUUUUUAUUUCACAGCAGUGAACUUGGCGAUUUGUGUGAAAUAAACCCGGUUUUCUGUCAAGAAAGUUUAAUAACAACUACCUGCAUUAUUGAAACAAAAUGUAUUUCAUUUCUGGCUAUGUAUUAAACAGUUAUUUUGGACGAAAUACAUUUUAUAUAAUAUAUUAUUUGCCACUACUGUCUGAAAAUUCGUCCUGAAUAAUUACUAUUAUCGUAAAUAUACAGUUCAUUGAAGACAUAUAUACAGCUUUUCAAUUGUAGGAAGACAUUUCUAAAUUUCGAUAUGAUCGAGAUCAUAUCAUCAUCAUACAUCAAACCACUUGAACCACCAAAUUUUCUUUUCAAGCAAAAAUUCAUAUAGGAAUGGUUGAUGAAUCGAUGCAAGUAAACCUUUCAACCGGUCAAUUUAUAUCUACUUCACAUUGUGUACUUCAUGACAAUAAACAAUGACAAAACUACUAUUUAAUAAGAGUAGAUAUUAUAUACUAAUGUAACUUGGAGUUGAGAAUGACUGACUAUUUUUUCUCUCUAAGUCUCCUACAACUCAAUACAAACCUUCCUACAGAUCAAGUAUACUCGAUUUUGUUUCAUUUAUUUUUGAUGUGUUUAAUGGUAAUUACAAACAUCUAAUUUCAGCUACAAUCAACUUCAUCGUUUGUAGUUUGAGGACAAUUGUUAUUUUAUGAUUUGAAAUCUUGUUAUCGUAGAUUUUUUGCUAUACUUCAAAAGAAUAUGAAAUAAAUUGUGUUGUUACUACAAUAAACUACAAUCAAUUUAGAACCUAUUCCAAAACUUUUUAGCGCAUUAUUAAUUGUAUUCCGUAGUUUGAAUACUAUCAAUAGUGCUUUCUCAGUUACUGAUGAAACUAAAAAGAUAUGAACAUUACUACAUUUAUUAGUAUUGUGUGUAGGUAAAGUAGGCUAAAAAAAAAUUGAUUUUUUUCAAAGCGGGUUCCAGCGUGACGGAGCUUGGUUCAGGCAGUGAAAGAUGAAAGACAGCCAACCCGCCUUUCCUGACUAUAUAUUCUGUUUCAUUUUUCUUCUAAUUCUCAUUCCUUCAUGUGUUGUCUUUUUUAUGUUUCUUCUAUUGCUCUUUUAGGUCUAACAGGAUAUAUGAUUUUCGAGGUAAAUUUGAUGAAAAGAGAAUAAAAUCUUCAAGAUUUUUCUGAAGAUUUUACAGAUUCUUACAACAGUUUCAAUGCUUACGAUUUAUUGUUGUCGGACGAUGCGAAAAAUUCCAUCAUUGGUUAUUUCUUAGAGUUUAAUGGUUUUUCAUCAUCGUCUGAAGAAAGUUGAAAGGAUUUUGAGCCCUUCUAGAUAUCUUGAUUCGAAAAAAAUCAAAGGGUUUCAAAUCUGGUAAUUCGGCGGUCAAAGGAAAGGGUCUACUCUUUCGAAUAAUUUGCCGUAAUGAAUAGCAUUCAAUGAAUGUGAUUUUUGAUUUUACGUGAAUUCCACUUCAUUGCUCUGUAGCUUCCUUUCGAAACUAUAUUCCUUCGCUAGUAAAUUAAAAUAAUUGUUGCGUACUAAAACCGAGAUUCAAAAAACAAGUCAUUCAUUCUCAGCUUUGGGAAAAAUGUGCACAAAUCAUUUAAGACAAUAAUUCGCAUGUAAAAAUGUAAUAAUAAUACUAUUCUAUAAGUACCUUUGUCUUGCGAUUGUAACUGGAGACAAUAAUAUCUAAAGCGCAUUAUAUAUUUCAUGACAUCUAUUAGUGUUUGUGAACUUUAAAUUUAAAAUGUUAAGGUGUUGUUAGUCAAACUGUUCAAGAAUCAUGGAAAUUUUUUCUACAAUUUCUGCGAUAUCAUGAAUAUUCUCGUUGAAAUUAAAAGGGUUAUAUUUUUAGUAGAGAUUAUUUUUUAGGAAAGAAGAGCUUCUGUAUAAUACACACCCAAAAUCCUUUCUUUCCGAAAAGAAUAUUCUUAUUUUACAAACUAAAGGGGAAUAUGAGAAAAAGCGCGAAAAUGAGAAAAAAAGUGUGAUAUCAAUUCAAGUUGAAGUUAGUUCAAAAAGUGACAGUAGAUGUCAACGUAGUACGUUAGAUUCACGAGUCAAAUGUUGUAGGUUCGAACCCAACUUCGAUCAGAAUUUUUCUCGCGAAAAAUUUCUUCAGUUAUAUGGCUGAUCAAACUGCGAAUUAUCACGGCGCUUUUAGGUGGCUCGAGGAGUUAUUAACAUAACCUACUCAGAACACACAGAAGUGUACAUGAUAUAAAAAAUAUAAUUUUCCAAUCUGCACCACUGAGAUUACAAUUUUUCAAGUGAAAUACUAUUAAUUCAGUAUCAUUUCACUUCGUUUGUAGAAAAUAAUAUUUUCAGAACAUAAUUAAUAGUAAUAACAGUUAAGGUUGAAAUGUGGACAAUGUGCAAUAGUUGGUAUGCCGCUCGAUUGUAGAUUUUACUUUUAACAGAAUACAUAGUUAUAUGUAUACUUAAUUUUGUUACAGAAAUUGUUUUUAACCACACCUUGUAUUUUUGUUAUGUACUGAAUGGUUAUUGUUCGUUACCUAGAAAAAGUUUCCAUGUUAUGAAAGAUAAAUUAUAUUGUCAUAUUUUUAUUAUAUAAUUCUGAAAAUCUCAUAUCAAUGCUUUUGAAUGUUGUUUUAGCAUGUGUACUUUUGUUAUACUUGAAUAUCAUACUUAAUACCUUCUUAUAAAAAAUGUUUUCAUAUUGAAUAUAUUCGUUUUA